AAACGACCACAACAGACCUGCAACAAACUCAACAGAGCCUGAAACGACCACAACAAAACCUGUUACAAACUCAACAGAGCCUGAAACGACCACAACAGAACCUGCAACAAACUCAACAGAGCCUGAAACGACCACAGCAGAACCUGCAACAAACUCAACAGGGCCUGAUACAACCUCAACAGACCCUGAAACGACCACAACAGAACCUGCAACAAACUCAACAGAGCCUGAAACGACCACAACAGAACCUGCAACAAACUCAACAGAGCCUGAAACGACCACAACAGAACCUGCAACAAACUCAACAGACCCUGAAACGACCACAACAGGACCUGCAACAAACUCAACAGAGCCUGAAACGACCACAACAGACCCUGCAACAACCUCAACAGAGCCUAAAUCAACCUCUGUAGGGCCUUCGAUUUAUCGGUACACAAUACACUCCGAUUUCACAGCUUCAAUGCAGUACCAUCUAACACCUUCCUGCACUCUGCCAAAUUCCUUCGCUUUAGUCAGCUACUGGUGCGAUGGAAAACAACAAUGUGAAGGAACAAUAAACGAACGACUCCAUACCUAUUUUGUCGCCAGCAAUGGAUGCAGACAAAGUGACAUUAAAAGAUUUAGCCAAAUUAUUAUUGCAAGUGAUACUAAUAAGCCUAGCCUGCAGUGCAAAGGGAAUUUUAUUUUAUUCUCCCACGAUUUUUCUGGUGAACUUACCUGCUAUGGACCCUAUCAAAACCAGACGAAGUACUCGAACUUUGACGACGCACGUAAAGAGUGUUUGAAUUUUGGUGGGGACCUGGCAUUCAUCAUUAGUAACCCAUCCUUCACAGAUUUCAUAAAUCAAAACUUUCGCAACGAAGUAUUAUGGGUAUUAGGUACUGCCCAGAACACGGCAAGACCUCCCAUGAUUUACAGCACCAGGGCUGACAGAGCUUACUUAGAUACAAACCAUAACUCUUCAGUUCAUCUCUGCUUUGAGGAUUGUGAGGAUCAUCGGGCCCGUCCUCUCUGCGCUAUUCCUCCCACCUAUGUCCCUUUGGAGAGGAUAACAAAUGCUGGUUCUUAUCCGGACAUAUGCCCCGAACAUUUCUGCAAGAACAAUGGCACUUGCUACCCAGUCUCUUACACCCCCGGCGUUGGAAUCGGGAACAGCAGUUUUAUCUGUCGGUGUACCCCGAAGUUUUCUGGUCUGCAGUGUGAUGUCAGGGACAGUCGGAUACAUGAGGAAAUACUUGAACCAGAGGAUGACAUUUAUUACAUCACAGGAAUGAAGGAAGGCCCGAUCAAGAUAGAGCUCGGCUAUUUUGGCCGAAUAGCUGAGGGUGAUGAUGAAUUCCUCGGCUGUUACGCCAAAGGAGCAACAGCCAUACUGCGACUGAAGUGUGAGGGUCAAACCAGUUGCAGCAUAUCUCGACGUGAUCUUCAGAAUCACCUCAGCUCUACAUGCCAUCCAAAUAUUCCCCAAGAGCUGAGAGUAAGGAUAUCAUUUCACGAUAUGAAUGCUACAGAACUUUCAUGCGAAUUAAAUGGGGAAUACUACAGUAAAACCGGCACUUGCUUCACGAUGGUUCCCUUAGCAGAAGAAAAAGCAAUCACAGCAGAUGACGCCAAGUUUCUGUGCAACUCACUGGGAGGAAACUUAGCCUAUCAUUACGGCGACCUGGAAUUGUGUGUGGACGGUAACUUCUCCCUCUGGACUGUCGAUUUCGAAGAAUCCAAGACACCCAAUUUCAGGCUGGAUGUAGGCAGUGGAGUGGUCAUGCACUGUGGUUUGAACAUAACCAGUGGGGUUCUCUGUGAGAUGCCGCCUGUAGCCACAUACCGCACAACAACCUCCACAACUACAAUGACAACAACCACCACCACAACAACAACAACAACCACAACUACAAUGACAACAACCACAACACUAGGUACAACUGACAAGCCAAUCACAGAUUGCCCACAAAUUAAACCCUUGCCUGACCUCUAUCCUGAUUAUGAAUGGCCCUCAGCAACUCCUGGCACCCACACCAUUCAAAAGUGUCCAGAAGGAACUGACGUCACGGGAUCUAAUGUGACCUGGUACUGCAACAAACGUGGGGAAUGGGAUGGCCUUCCGGAUUUCAGCCACUGCAAGACUCUGGAUCUGAGUGAUUGGGAAAACGCGCUAAAUGACACGUCCAGUAACACCACAGCCGGAGAAACAUUGGACCAAGUUGCCGACAACAUCACUGACGCAACCAUUGGCGCUGGUGACGUGGUUGAACUAGUGAAUCUGAUGUCUGUGGCCAAGACAAAACACGAGAGCGACAUGGCCAAAGUCUCCGAGGAGCAGAAGCUGAACAUCACCGACGAUUACGCAAACUCACUGACGAGAAUCUCCUCAAAACUCCUCGACAAUUCUACUGUAGAAAUAUGGGGAGGAAUUCCUGUAGACAAGCGACUGGAUUCUGGAAACCAGCUUCAGGAUCAACUGAAAGUAUCAGUGACUGAAGUCUCGUUACUUUUGGCGAAUCAGUCCAGAAUAUACAAUGCCAGCGCAAUAUAUAUUUUGGCCGAACAGUAUUCUUCUGAGCGCUACGUCGAUCCUAAAAAUCGUACCUUCUCUCAUCCAACGAUGAUUGGUACGGUUGUCGAACUACCGCACAAUUUUUACAGCUCCCUGCCCAACAAGAGCCAAGUGGCAGUGUCUUUCACUGCCUAUGAUACGCUGCACAGGAUCUUAAACCCAAAUUCCAAUAGUACACCAGCCGAUGAUGGUUUAUCUGAGGGCAUUGUCAAUUCUCCAGUCAUAGGCCUAACGGUCGGAAACAGCUCUUGGCAAGCCAAAGAUGGUCAGCUAGUGAAUAUCACUUUCAAGCAUAUUUUCUCAGGAGAAGUAUACAAUCUAUCCGCAGGCGGGAGAUGUGCUUGGUGGGACUCAAAUGGAAAGAUUUGGAAUGAGAGCGGCUGCAGCCUUGCGGCAGGUGGCGAGAAUGAAUCUUUUACCUUCUGUUCUUGUGACCAUCUUACCAACCUGGCAGUGAUCAUAGACAUCAAUGGCCUGAUCCCAGAAGUUAUAAUAACAAUAACGAAAUGGAUCACCAUCAUUGGCUGCUCCAUCUCUAUUGUGUGUCUGUUUCUGGCCAUAGUGACUUUGGCAUUGAUGGUGAAAAACUGCAAGGGAAUCUCACGUAAUACCUUCAUUAUCCAUCUGAACUUUUGCUGUUGUCUCUUCAUCACUGAGAUCGUUCUCAUGGCUGGACUGGACGCAACGCAGACAACGGUGGGUUGCGCUUCCAUUGCUGGUUUACUCCAUUUUCUCCUUCUUGUGACUUUCGGUUGGAUGGGAGUCGAGGGAAUUAAUGUCUACUUGCUUCUGAUCAAGGUCUUCCAAACAAACAGGUCCCCUAUGAAGUUCUAUUACGCGUUUGCCUACGGGAUCCCAGCAUUCAUCGUCAUCAUAUCCGUCAGUGUGACGCAAGGCAAGGGUUAUGGUACAAAGGGAUACUGUUGGCUGGACUACAAAACAGGUCUCACCUGGGCAUUUGGUGCCCCAGCACUGAUCAUUCUUUUGACUAACCUGGUGAUAUACAUCAUGAGUGUCAGAGUUCUUCAUAAAGCGCCAAUCACAACAGCAACGGGAAGACAAAACAGGAAAUUACUGCAGAGGGAGACUAGGUCAAGGGAGGCGAAGAAAAAGCAGCUCAAAGGAUCUUUCACCCUUGCUGUCAUUAUGGGGAUCACCUGGUUGAUUGGGUUCCUGUUGCUAUUUAAGGGAAUGGCAUGGACAGCUAUUGUUUUCACGACAGUUAAUUCCUUACAAGGGGCGGCGCUAUUCAUAGUCUUGAUCAUCAUCCCUGAUCUCACGAGAAAGGAAUUUCUCCGAAUAUUACCCUGGUGUAAUAAGUGUGAGGGUGAGCGUUGGCAGACGAAAUGGAACAUCAAAAGGCAUCACAAGAGAGUAAAAUAUCUGGAACACAAGAGACGGUCCAGCACCCCAACUUUUAUGGAGUCCAGACUAUCAUGUACCUUGAGCGAAAAUUAUUCGGACCUGGAGUCUUUUACUUUCUCCAUCCGACGUCCCAGAUUGAGGACCCACUCCAGCGCAGGUCCAGUGCCCACUCAUCCGAGAGGAUCUGGGGAACUGGAUCUUCACACCAGAAAGGACAUCGAACGACUGGGCGGCGAUUUUCAAAGGCGUUACUGAUCGCAGGCGUGGAAUGAAACGGUUCCAUACAAACACCACUCGUGAUGGCAACACAAUCGGCAUUGCCAUCCAUCAAGCUGGCAAUUUUCAUUCUGAUGGCAGUCACCGCUUCAGCGAAAUCUGCUGCCAGACUGAAAUACGCCCGGCCGAAAAAUCAGACGUUUAUCAGGAUUGCCGCAGAAACGGUGAGGGAAAGGGCUGUCUAUGAUGUCCGUAUCACCUAAGAACGUUUUUCUUGUUUUUCAAUCUAGAAACAUUUGAAGGAUUGUCGCAGAAACGGUGGGUGUUGCUGAAGAGUGUUCUGUUCUCUUGGUUAAGGGAUACGUUUGCCGGAUUGCCGUAGAUGAUGCCAGUAUCACAAAAGAACGUUUAUUUCUUGAAGCUUUUACAGGAUUGCUGCAGAAAC